ACGCCUCGGCAAUGGCUGUGGUGCAAGAGAAGGCGCGUCUCCCUUGUGACGUCACCUCCAAUCUGGCCAAUGACAGGGUGGUCCUCAUCCUGUGGUACCGAGGCUCCGCCGGCACCCCCAUCUACAGCUUCGACGCCCGCGGCAGCACCAUCGAAAACGGGAAGCACUGGGCGGAUGAACACCUGCUGGGGCGGCGGGCGUACUUCAGGCUCCACCCAGGACACUCCCGGGGCGGCGCCUCGUCCCCCGGGGCCCACCUAGAGCUCUUCCCCGUCCAGGACCGUGACGAGGCCAUCUACCGCUGCAGGGUUGACUUUCUACUCUCUCCCACCAAGAACACCAUCGUCAACUUCACCGUCAUCAUCCCUCCCAACAAGCCGGAGAUAUACAACGAAACUGGCCACCUGGUAUCAGGGAAGAACGGAGCAUCGAUCAUCGGCCCCUACAAUGAAGGUUCCUCGCUCUACCUCACCUGCAGGGUCUCAGGAGGCCGCCCCACGCCAACGGUGCAAUGGCGGGUGAACGACGAGGUGUGGCCCUCCGAGGAGACGCAGGAGCCCGAGGGGGUCACCAAGGUGACGCUGCGGGUGACGGAACUCAGCCGGCGACACCUCCACGCCGUCUUCGAGUGCCGCGCCACCAACUUCAACGACUCCUCGCCCAUCUCCGCCACCGUCACCCUCGACAUGAACUUCCAGCCCAAGAACGUGACCAUACUGAGCGGCAGCGGGAGCCUGAGCGCCGGGACGGAGUACGAGCUGGUGUGCCAGUCAUGGGGCUCGCGGCCGUCAGCCAUCAUCAGCUGGUGGAAGGGCGGCACCACGGCUCUCAAGGACGCCCUCAUGACGACCUCCCCGGACAGCAACGUGACCACUUCGAUCCUCAAGUACCGCGCGGAGAUGACCGACAGCGGGAAGUACCUCACCUGCCGGGCUAUCAACCAGCACAUCCCGCAAUCUGCCCGCGAAGACGGACUGAGGCUUAACGUGCAUUACAAGCCCGUAGUGACGCUUCAGAUGGGCAGCAACCUGGACCCGGACAACAUCAAGGAGGGCGACGACGUGUACUUCGAGUGUCACAUCAACGCCAACCCCGACGUGCAGAAGGUCCUUUGGUACCACAACGGCGGCCCCGUGGAGCACCGCGUCACCAAGGGCAUCAUCCUGCAGAACCAGACCUUGGUGCUGCAGAACAUCCGGCGGGAGGCGGCGGGGCUGUACACGUGUGCCGCCGUCAACAUCGAGGGGGAGGGAGAGAGUCAGCCCGUCAAUCUGCGAGUCAAGUACAAGCCAUACUGCCGCCGCCACAGCAAGACCAUCUACGGCACGGCGCUGCACGAGCCGGCCAGCGUCACCUGCGAGGUGGAGGCCAGCCCGGGCCCCGUCACCUUCAGGUGGACCUUCAACAACACCUCGGAGCACCUGCCCAUCCCGGCCUCCGCCGUCACCUCACAGGAUCUCGUGUCGGUGGCCAGCUACGCUCCCAAGAGCCACCUGGACUACGGAACGCUGCUCUGCUGGGCCUUCAACAGCAUCGGCGAGCAGAGUGUGCCGUGCGCCUUCGCCAUCAUCGCCGCGGGACCCCCCGACCCCCCCAAGAACUGCUCCAUCGCCAACCGCACCACCGACACCAUCUGGGUGGACUGUAUAGCAGGAUUCGACGGCGGACUCCCGCAGACUUUCUUCAUGGAGGUGUACGACUCCACCACCGGGGCGCUGCACAGCAACAUCUCCUCCUCGGAGCCGGCGUUCCAGGUGACGGCGCUGCGGCCCGGCCUGUCCUUCCUCAUGGUGACCUACGCCGCCAACGCCAAGGGCAGGAGUGACGUGGCACAGCUGGAGACGUUCAUGCUGAAGGUGGCUGAAAAGCGAACAGGACCGCCGGCGCUUUUCGAGUUCACACCUGUCCUAGGCAUCCUGAUCGGCGUCGUGCUCGCCUUCGUCCUCUCGGCGCUGGUCGUGAUGGUCGUGAUGAAAAUGCGCAAAAGGACCCCUAGAGGCGAUUGCAGCGCGCCCAACGACGAGCUCAAGGGGGACCUGGAGAACAAACCCUUGAACGUGGGGAUGCUGACGGCGCGGGCGAAGGAGGGCACGAGCGGGGCCGAAGCGGAAGACAACGACCCUGACAUCAUUCCACAUAAGACCGAAGUACUGACCUACCACCCCGGCUACGACAGUAUAGACAGAGGGGGCCACGGGGGCGCUGGCACGGGGGAGGGGCCGCCCAACGUUCGCACUCUGCCCCGAACGCAUAACCAGUCCACUCUCGGAGGCCCUACACUAACCUAUGUGGAGCUGCCGUUACCCAGAGACGCCCAGCCAGGUUACCAGGUCAGUGCCACUGACCUCUGUCUCUUCGCCGCCAAGAGGAGGAGUGUUUACCUUGGUGCCACCAACAGUAGGCCCUCCUCACCCUCAGGCGCCACCACAAACGUUGACCCUGCUACUGUACAGUCCACCUCCCCCUCCUCUUCCAUCAUCCCCGCUUCCCGGAGCACUCCAGCCGGCAGUGCGGGUCUGCCUCUGGUCCAUGCGAGCAUGGACCAUGACACCUACACCUUGUUGAUUCCUGUGCAAGGAAACAAACUUCCCGUCACGCCGUCAAGCUUGCUGAGCGCGGCGAACCCCAGGAGCUCAUCAUCUGCCGUCUCCAUCCCACCUUCCACUCAGGCGGGCGAGAGGCAAGAUGUCUUAUUGCCUCGAACUCUCCCGAAGCCACAGAUGACCUCGAUGUCCCGGCCCAGGAGCAUGGCCAGCAUCCCUUCAGACCUAAGGACGCCAGCGUCAACUACUAACAUCUAUGCCACAACGGAGCGUCGCAGGAACGCCAACAAACACAACACUCUAGCCAAGUCCAUCAAUCGUCGGAGCUUACAAUCACCAACGGAACUCAUGGACAGCAGAAUAACGUCACGAACGUCACUGCUUGCGCCCCAGACCCACGUGACGGUGACUCGUGCGCCGCAAACCGCUGAACGUAUUCCAGUGUCACGCUCCUCGAUACUAAGAAUACCAACUGAAAGUGCAGUGUAGACUCAUGGUGCGGGCCGCUUGCUCAGUCCAUCAGCUUUGUCAGUCAGGAAACUGUGCAGCAAGAACGAUAAUGGUCAGUAUUUCAGAUUCUGAAAGAAUGUCUAUCAGUACAUGUUCCUUGCGACUUUGAUUCUUCUACGCGUGUGUGUGUACCUUAGUGUGUUAGCUACGUGAAUGAUGCCGUUCUUCAGAAAAGCUUUAAUAUAUUUGUAAGUGAUUUAUUUGUACGGGAGCAGAUGGCUGACUGACCAGUCGUGAAUGUCCUUGUGUUCUCUUCAUAAAUGGACCAUAUUUUUGGAAUAUACGUCAUUGUUAGUAGUGAUAAAUAUUUAUCACCGAGAGACACGCUACUUUCAGCCACGAUCAUCUGAACCGGAGGCAUCCAGUGUUUUGUUGUAAACCGAACAAUUGACUGUGGCGUCCCCGUUGCCAUGGAGACCACCAACUCACGGAAACAGGUCUAAGACAACCACAUAAUGGAGGCUUCCAUGUACAUAUUAGUCAGAGAUUUUUAUAAGUAGAGCGUAUAGAGGCAACUUUCCUUAUAGGUGUAGUCAGUGUGUACUAACAACAAAAAAAUAAUGAAUGGUUUUAAAUGUUGAUUGUUUUCCGCAACGCUCAUGCUCACCGAGGCUGCUCCCCGACGCGGGGCUGGGGGCGGGGCACGGGCUGCCUCCCCACCCACCCCGCGCUGGCAUACACACACACACACACACACACACACACACACACAUACACACACACACGGUCACACACACACACACA